AUGGGUUGGGGUGAUUUGGGAGUGUUUGGAGAGCCCUCUAAAGAAACCCCUAACUUGGACCAGAUGGCUUCAGAAGGGAUGCUCUUCCCAAAUUUCUACACUGCUAACCCUCUGUGCUCGCCAUCACGAGCAGCGCUGUUGACGGGACGUCUCCCCAUCAGGAAUGGGUUCUACACCACGAAUGCCCAUGCCAGAAAUGCCUAUACACCACAGGAAAUAGUAGGGGGAAUCCCAGGUUCUGAGCUGCUGCUUCCAGAAUUGCUGAAGAAGGCAGGAUAUGUCAGUAAGAUCAUUGGCAAAUGGCAUCUGGGUCACAGACCCCAAUUCCACCCCUUGAAGCAUGGAUUUGAUGAAUGGUUUGGAUCCCCUAAUUGCCAUUUUGGACCUUACGAUAACAAAGCCACCCCAAACAUCCCUGUUUAUAGGGACAGGGAAAUGAUUGGCAGAUAUUAUGAAGAUUUCAAAAUUGAUCUGAAGACAGGGGAAGCAAACUUAACUCAGAUCUACUUACAGGAAGCUCUCGACUUUAUUAGCAGGCAGCAAGCCAGUCGUCAGCCGUUCUUUCUCUAUUGGGCUAUUGAUGCUACUCAUGCUCCUGUUUAUGCCUCCAAACAUUUCUUGGGCACUAGCCAGAGAGGGUUGUAUGGUGAUGCAGUGCGAGAAAUUGAUGACAGCAUUGGGAAAAUCCUAAAAUCCCUUCAAAACCUGGGCAUCAGUGAGAACACUUUUGUGUUUUUCACAUCUGAUAAUGGAGCUGCUCUUAUUUCAGCACCUAAACAAGGAGGUAGCAAUGGUCGCUUUCUGUGUGGUAAACAAACCACUUUUGAAGGUGGGAUGAGGGAGCCAGCUAUUGCUUGGUGGCCAGGCCAGAUACCUGCAGGACACGUGAGUCAUCAGCUGGGUAACGUGAUGGAUCUCUUCACCACCAGCCUCUCCCUAGCGGGAUUGCAGCCUCCCAGUGACAGACAGAUUGACGGUAUUGACCUUUCUCCUGUCAUCCUGCAGAGCAAGCUAAUUGACAGGCCGAUAUUCUAUUACCGUGGCAACGAGAUGAUGGCAGUAAGACUUGGGCUUUACAAGGCUCACUACUGGACCUGGAUCAACUCCUGGGAGCAGUUCAGUCAGGGUAUUGAUUUCUGUCCUGGGCAGAACAUUUCUGGAGUAACCACCCAUACUCAGGAGGAACACACCAAACUGCCUCUGCUCUUCCACUUGGGAAGGGAUCCUGGGGAAAAGUAUCCGAUAAGGUUUUCCAGCUCUGAGUACCAGGAAGUUAUGGAACAAAUAUCCCCCAAAGUCCAGCUGCACAAGGAGACCAUGGUGCCAGGGGAGCCACAGCUAAACGUCUGUGACAAGGCCGUCAUGAAUUGGGCUCCUCCAGGCUGUGAGAAGCUAGGAAAGUGUUUGGAACCUCCCAAGUCCAAUCCAAAGAAAUGCUUUUGGCCGCACUAAUAUUCCAGCAUGCGCAGGGUCUGCUUGAAAGCCAUAAGCAGCUGAGAUCAUGGUUCACAAUGCACAUGGACACUUGUGUUUACGUCAUGGAAGGGAGUGAUGUAAGAUGUCAUCACCGACUCUUCAGAAGGGACCAAUGGUUACAGCAUUACUUCUCAGGGAUUUAGCAAUUAGUUUUCGUUUAAUUCAGUGUCUCUCUUAAUGGGUCAAAUGAGAUGUUGCUGCAAUGCAUGGUAAAUUUUCAGUAAUGAAUAUAAUUUUUAAAUGAUAUGACUAGAGAAGAUUUUCAGCCAAUCACAACUCUCACAUUCCCUCAGGAAUGACAUGGCUGUCCAGUCAACUUGCUCCUUUCCCACUCAGGCUGUUCUCUUGGAUAACUCUUCAUUAAAGUGGCCUCAAGGGAAGGUCCAAGAAGAAGGUUGCCCAGAACUUUCAUAUCCUCCAGAUAGAAUAUGCCAGAUUUGCUUUGUUUUACUUUCUAGUCACGUAGGAAUAAAGUUUGUAGCUAGCUGCAGUCAUUUUCAGUAACUGUUUUAAAAUUGUACUUCUAGUGUAAGCUCUUUGAGGCAUGGCCUUUUUUUUCCCUUUUAUCUUUUUUAGUGUGUGUACACAGCACAGGUCCUAGCACAAUGGUCUGUGAUCCUUGGUUGGGCUACUUAGGUGCCAUCACACGACAAACACCACCCACGGGCUCUGUGUCUCCCUGAUGCAAACAUUCCCUUCAAUAGCCUAAUAUUACCCAGCAGGUUCCAAGCGGGAGAAUGCCCUGUAUUUCUGAAGCAUGAAUCUGCCAACCGAGCUGUUGUGAGCAUGAGCUAGGUAAUGUUUGUAAUGCACUUUGAAGAUGAAAAGUGGGAUGUAAGUGCUACGUUUCCCUACAGUAUUACAGGGAGUUCCUUUGGGACCCAGGGAUGGCCCUCAGUGGCUUAGUCCAGGAUCCACUCACUUCAGAAAAUCGGGGUUCAGAUCUGGAUUUGGUCACACUUCCAGCUUGCCAAAGGAAGUCACUUUUCAGUCCUAUGGGCACAGCCAGCUGGAGACUCGGAAAGGCCCAUUUGCAUCAGGAUCUUUAG